AUGGCGUCAAUCUUAGGCCAACCACAACGGUUUUCCAGAAGGUCAUCCGCCCAAUUCAAACAGGUUAACAAAGCGAGCUUCCCUGAGACAACUACCGACCGAUUCUGCACGUCAAUCUACGUCAACUUUCACUUCUUAGACAUGAAGGUGUUCGUUUUCACUGUUUUGCUGGCGUUGGCUUCCGCUGCGCCAAAAGGAAGGGAUGACCUGUCGAAGCUAGAGGAGGAGACUCAGUAUGCGCCGCAACCCUUCGCCUACAACUACAACAUCGCCGACGAGAUCGGGGCGGUGCGGGCGGCCCACGUGGAGGAGGGCGACGGCGACGGCAAAGUCCGCGGCUCCUACUCCUACGUGAGGCCCGACGGAGUCCUGCAGACGGUCAGGUACAUCGCCGACGAGCACGGCUUCCAGCCCGAGAUCCUGGAGGAGGCGGCGCCGGGCUUCGAGGUGGCCAACCCCUCCGGCACGUCCAAGUUCACCGUGCAGCUCCCCCACACGGAGGAGUUCGGCGUGGAGCUCUCCGCCGACGAGUACGAGCAGUACAGGGAGGCCGCCAGACUGAGACAGCUUGAGGAGCAGAGCCAGAAGGAGAACCAGAGUUAG